AAUCCAUUCCCCACCACUCCCCUCGCACCUUCCGGCGAACCACCACACCUCUCCCCGGCGAAGCAGCAGCGGCAUCCAUGGCCCCCAAGGCAGAGAAGAAGCCGGCUGCCGCGGAGAAGACUCCGGCGGCGGAGAAGACCACGGCGGGGAAGAAGCCCAAGGCCGAGAAGCGGCCGCCGAAGUCCAAGGAGGGCGGCGCCGACAAGAAGAAGAAGAAGGCCAAGAAGAGCGUGGAGACCUACAAGAUCUACAUCUUCAAGGUGCUGAAGCAGGUGCACCCCGACAUCGGCAUCUCCUCCAAGGCCAUGUCCAUCAUGAACUCCUUCAUCAACGACAUCUUCGAGAAGCUCGCCGGCGAGUCCGCCAAGCUGGCGCGGUACAACAAGAAGCCCACCAUCACGUCCCGGGAGAUCCAGACCUCCGUCCGCCUCGUCCUCCCCGGCGAGCUCGCCAAGCACGCCGUCUCCGAGGGCACCAAGGCCGUCACCAAGUUCACCUCCUCCUAGGCUAGGCUGUUCCCUGUCUAUCGUUGGUUCUGUGUAACAGUUGGCUGUUCGGACGUGGUCUUGUAACUUGUGGUGGUUCUGUGGAGAACACACUGUUUCAUUAUCUCGUGAAAUAGUAAUGGCGCUUCUUUGAUC